GCCGCCGCCGCCGCCGCCGCCGCCGCCCCCGGGGCAUGGCCUGUCUGAUGGCCGCUUUCUCGGUCGGCACCGCCAUGAACACCAGCAGCUACUGUGCAGCAAUGACGGAGCCCAAGUCUGUGUGCGUCUCGGUGGAUGAGGUCGUGUCCAGCAACGUGGACGACGUUGAGACGGACCUGCUGAAUGGACAUCUGAAGAAAGUGGACAACAACUUCACGGAGGCCCAGCGCUUUUCCUCCCUGCCUCGGAGGGCGGCCGUGAACAUUGAGUUCAAGGACCUUUCCUACUCGGUUCCCGAGGGACCCUGGUGGAGGAAGAAAGGAUACAAGACGCUUCUGAAAGGAAUCUCUGGGAAGUUCAACAGCGGAGAACUCGUGGCUAUCAUGGGCCCCUCCGGGGCUGGGAAGUCCACGCUCAUGAACAUUCUAGCAGGUUACAGGGAGACCGGCAUGAAAGGGUCCGUCCUCAUCAACGGCAUGCCCCGCGACCUGCGCUGCUUCCGUAAGGUGUCCUGUUACAUCAUGCAGGAUGACAUGCUGCUCCCUCACCUCACCGUGCAGGAGGCGAUGAUGGUGUCUGCGCACCUCAAGCUGCAGGAGAAGGACGAGGGCAGGAGGGAGAUGGUCAAGGAGAUCUUGACAGCCCUGGGUUUGCUGUCUUGCGCCAACAUACGCACAGGGAGCCUAUCCGGAGGCCAGCGGAAGCGGCUGGCCAUCGCUCUGGAGCUGGUCAACAACCCUCCGGUCAUGUUCUUUGAUGAGCCCACCAGUGGCCUGGACAGCGCCUCCUGCUUCCAGGUGGUGUCCCUGAUGAAGGGACUGGCCCAGGGCGGCCGGUCCAUCGUCUGCACCAUCCACCAGCCCAGCGCCAAGCUCUUCGAGCUCUUUGACCAGCUUUAUGUCCUAAGUCAAGGGCAGUGUGUGUACCGGGGAAAGGUCUCGAAUCUUGUGCCAUAUCUGAGGGAUUUGGGUCUGAACUGCCCCACAUACCACAACCCUGCAGAUUUUGUCAUGGAGGUGGCAUCUGGUGAGUACGGUGAUCAGAACAGCCGCCUGGUGAGAGCUGUACGGGAAGGCAUGUGCGACUCUGACUUCAAGAGGGACCUGGGGGGUGACGCUGAGGUGAACCCUUUCCUGUGGCACCGGCCCACUGAGGAGGUAAAGAGGGACUCGGCCUCCAUGGAGGGCUGCCACAGCUUCUCAGCCAGCUGCCUCACCCAGUUCUGCAUCCUCUUCAAAAGGACCUUCCUCAGCAUCAUGCGGGACUCGGUCCUGACCCACCUGCGGAUCACCUCGCACAUUGGGAUCGGCCUCCUCAUUGGCCUGCUCUACCUGGGCAUCGGCAAUGAAGCCAAGAAGGUCUUGAGCAACUCCGGCUUCCUCUUCUUCUCCAUGCUGUUCCUCAUGUUCGCCGCCCUCAUGCCCACCGUUCUGACCUUUCCCCUGGAGAUGGGCGUCUUUCUCCGGGAACACCUGAAUUACUGGUAUAGCCUGAAGGCCUACUACCUGGCCAAGACGAUGGCCGAUGUCCCCUUUCAGAUCAUGUUCCCCGUGGCCUACUGUAGCAUUGUCUAUUGGAUGACGUCCCAGCCGUCCGAUGCGGUCCGCUUUGUCCUGUUCGCGGCUCUGGGCACCAUGACCUCACUCGUGGCCCAGUCCUUGGGCCUGCUGAUCGGAGCCGCCUCCACCUCCCUGCAGGUGGCGACAUUUGUGGGGCCCGUGACAGCCAUCCCCGUGUUACUCUUCUCGGGGUUCUUCGUCAGCUUUGACACCAUCCCCACGUACCUGCAGUGGAUGUCCUACAUCUCCUACGUCAGGUACGGCUUUGAGGGCGUCAUCCUCUCCAUCUAUGGCUUGGAUCGGGAGGACCUGCACUGUGACAUUGACGAGACGUGCCACUUCCAGAAGUCAGAGGCCAUCCUGAGGGAGCUGGACGUGGAGAACGCCAAGCUCUACUUGGACUUCAUUGUCCUGGGCGUCUUCUUCUUCUCCCUGCGCCUCAUUGCCUAUUUCGUCCUGAGGUACAAAAUUCAGGCCGAGAGGUAAAACACCAGAGGCCAACAAGGAGGCAAAACAGACACACUGUGGCCGUGGGCCCUGCCGCGUGGGGGCAGCGCCCCUGCACCCGAUGACAGAGACUCUCCCAACCGGGUCUAGAGCCGUGUCCGUCAGCGGCCAGCAGUGCUCGGCUUCUGUGUCCGGCCGGGUUGGAACUUCUUUCCACUCCCUUUUCUAGCUUUAACUAGGAAGACAUAGGAAGGUUGGGGUUUUUUCACACACAGAAUUUAAGCCACAACUGUGACCCAGCUGGGGUCAAGAUGCUUCCUCAGUAAAACGCCUCCUGGAGUCCAGGUCCCAUUGGUCCUGGACAGGGAUGAUAGCAACUUCUCGGUUGGUCCCUGGGGAGGUCGCCGUCCUGUCGCGAGGAAGAAAGUCCACGUGUGGAGACAGCGCGUUGUGACUGGUGUUUCGUCUUUCCGAAACUCGUCUCAUUUCCGAGCCAAAGUCGAUAGAUCCCAUUCAUGUUGAGAAAACUGUUACCUUUUUAGUAUUUGUUGAACACUUAUUCAGGGUAAAUGACGUACUUUGCUUAGAAAUAGAAGGAAUCCAAACCUUGUCUCAGAGCUGGGCUCAGACAGAAAGGUUAGUACAGGCUCUGGGUGAGGAGGAGAGACCGGGAUGCCAGCCUCACAGGGCAGCAGAAACGGCUAAGAGCGCUGCCACGGUUCCGCGGGGGAGUAGGCCAGCCUUUCCCAGACCUUUUCUUUUCCAUGAGCUACUUACAUGGAGUAAAGUAGAUGGUUUCUUCUUA